ACACACAGUGAGUCAAGAUAAGGUUAGAAAAAGUGUCAGAUAGGAGAGAAGCAGCAGGCUUUAAAAGGUGCUGCAGGUGAAGUGAGCAGACACUGAGGCUCAGACUAAAACCACCAUGAAGGUUUUAAUUUUUCUGGCUCUGUUCGCAGUGGCUUUUGCUGCUCCCAUUGAUGAUGAGGAUGACAAGAUUGUCGGAGGAUAUGAGUGCAGAAAGAACUCCGUGGCUUAUCAGGUGUCUCUGAACGCCGGCUACCACUUCUGUGGAGGUUCCCUGAUUUCCAGCACCUGGGUAGUGUCCGCUGCUCACUGCUACAAGUCUCGCAUCCAGGUGCGUCUUGGUGAGCACAACAUCGAGGUCAACGAGGGCACCGAGCAGUUCAUCAACUCCGCCAAGGUCAUCAGACAUCCCAAAUACAACAGCCGCAACCUGGACAACGACAUCAUGCUUAUCAAGCUGAGCAAGCCCGCCAGCCUGAACAGCUACGUGCGCACCGUGUCCCUGCCCUCCAGCUGUGCCGGCUCAGGCACCCGCUGUUUGAUCUCUGGAUGGGGCAACACCAGCGGCUCUGGAAACUACUACCCUGAUCGCCUGAGGUGCCUGGAUGCUCCCAUCCUGAGCGACAGCAGCUGCAGGGGCUCCUACCCUGGUCAGAUCUCCUCCAACAUGUUCUGUGCUGGAUUCCUGGAGGGAGGCAAGGACUCCUGCCAGGGAGACUCCGGUGGACCCGUGGUGUGUAACGGCCAGCUGCAGGGUGUGGUGUCAUGGGGUUACGGCUGUGCCCAGAGGAACAAGCCCGGUGUCUAUGCCAAAGUCUGCAACUACAACUCCUGGAUUCGCAGCACCAUGUCUUCCAACUAAAGGGACAAAUAUCUUGGAGGGACUAUUGUCCCAUUAAACAAUUGAUGACCCUUGAA